AUGGAAUAUUCCGAUGGCGAUUUCUUCUACAAACCACCUUUCGCAAUCGUCGACGAAACCCGAAUCCGGCAGCUACAAGACAAAGACAUCUCCGAAGUUUGCACCCUUCUCUCUGUUUCUAGAUCCCUUGCCUGCACCAUGUUGCGCCGAAACAAUUGGAGCAAGAACACCGUCUUCGACGAAUGGUUUGCCGACGAGAAAAAAGUCCGGUGGUCACUCGGAUUAUUACAGAAACGAAAACCACUAAAACUGUACAACCAAUGUAAGAUUUGUUUCAAGAGUUUCAAGGUUGAGAGUAUGUUGUCCGGGCCAUGUGGACAUCCCUUUUGCAUUAACUGCUGGAAAUCGUACAUUGCUGCCUCGAUCGACAACGGUCCCGGGUGCUUGGGUUUGCGUUGCCCCGAGCCCAGAUGCAAAGCCGAUCCAGGCCUGGAAUUAAUCGACUCGUUGGCUUCCGAUUGUAAUAAAGACAAAUACUAUAAAUAUCUUCUCGGGUCCUACGUGGAGGGUUGUUGGAAUCUGAAGUGGUGCCCUGGCCCUGGAUGCGAUCUAGCGGUCCAGGUCAAAUACAAGGAGCUCAAAAGCUACGAUGUGACGUGCGAUUGUUCGUACGAGUUCUGUUGGAACUGCACGGAGGAGAGACAUUACCCUGUCGACUGCAGAAUCGUGGACAAGUGGACGAAACGGAAUACAUCCAAGGAAAACAACACUAGGUGGAUACAGGCUUUCUGUAAGCCGUGUCCCGGGUGUAAAAGAAACAUAGAGAGAAACGAGGGUUGCAGUCACAUGAUCUGCCCAUGCGGGCACGAGUUUUGUUGGGUUUGCCUGAGGCCCUCGAUAGAAACACACACGUACUGCAACGCGAACGAGACGAGAAAAGACGAGUGGAGGACUCUGGAGUCCGCCAGGGAAAACUUGAAGAGGUACGCACGCCACUACGAAUGUUGGGCCUGGAAUCAUAAAUCCAGGGAAUCCGCCCUGGAUAGUCUUCGUCUUGCCAGGAAGAACUGUGAGCCGCCGUUUGCGAUCGAAGCGUUGGAGCGGAUAGUCGAAUCCAGACGAGUAGUGAAAUGGAGUUACGCGUAUGGAUAUUACUUGCCUUUAACCGAGAAACGGAGGGUUGUGUAUUUACGGUCCCUGCAGCUGGAGGCAGAGGGUGCCCUGGAAAGACUUCAAUAUUAUGCUGAUAGUAAGAUUGAGCAAUAUGCGAAUGACGAUCUUCCUUCGGAUGAGUUGACGGAUUUUCGGGCGGGGCUUGUUGAUAUGACGAAUCUCACGAAGAAUAAAAUCGAGAAAUUGGUUCGAGCAUUGGAGAAUGAUCUUCGCGAAGCUGGAGCUGAAACAAGCACUUUUUCUGGGGUAGUUGUGAGAGAACAAGUUCGGAUAUACCUAUGGAUCUUUUUGUUUUUUAUUGUUUUGUGCUUCUUGUUGCGUUUUGCAUUUCAAUAA